ACAACACUCUCUCUCCAAGUCUGCCAUGGCCUCGCACAUGCUUCUCUGGGUCUCUUACUAAUGCCCUUUGCGUACCUCUGGGUCUUUGUUGCCCGUCCCUCUAUCUGCCUCUAAAGACCUCCCUCCAGGCCCCUCCUCUCUCAUAAAUCCCAUGGAUGGACUGGCCCGUGUGCCCUCAACAAACAUGGCGCCUGGUCCCUGGCGGUGGAGUCGUGACAGCGGCGGGGUGCGUCAGUGCCCUCAACUACAAUGGCAGCGGGUCUCGCGAGCGCUCCGCCUCUCGUCGCUGGGCCCGCCCCCCGCGCCCCCUCAUUGGUGCGUCUCAGGCUAGCCGCACGGCCAUUGGCUGAGCGGAGCUACACUCCCCGCCCCCCUCCCCACACACCCCAGGGUCAGAUGGGGGCGGUGGGUGCUGACUGGAGGGGCAGCUUGGAGGAGGACCAGGCUUGGGAGGAGGCUGCGGGGGUCCGUGCAGGGCCCCGAGUCUGGGGGGCCGCGGGACCAAGAGGAACGGAGAGACGCAGGCCCGGGACUGGGGUACCAGGGCUGUGGGAUGGAGAUGGACAAGCAGAACCGGGGCUGAAGGAUCCAGGAAUGGAAAUCCAGACGCCAGACCAGGAGCUGAGCUGGAGCUGGGGCCCCAGGCUUAGGACUGUCCAGGACAGGGCCGGAGCCAUGGCCCCGCCACCGCCGUCACCCCUGGCCACCAGCACUCCACUCCUGCAUGGCGAGUUUGGCUCCUACCCAGCCCGAGGCACACGCUUCGCCCUCACCCUCACACCACAGGCUCUGCACAUCCAGCGGCUGCCCCCAAAGCCCGAAGCCAGGCCCCGGGGCUUGGUCCUGCUGGCCGAGGUCUCGGGCUGUUGCACCCUGCGCAGCCGCAGCCCCUCUGACCCGGCGCCCUACCUCUGCAUCUACACUUAUCCUCGGGCCGGCGGGGAAGAGCCCCGCCCCUGCAAGUUGUGUAAAAACCACGUGCUGCCCAUAUUCUCAGAAGCUGGGCUGUCCUUCACCCUCAUCCAGACAGAACGACAGAACCAUGCUCGGGAGCUGGUCCAGGGACUGAGCCUGAGCGAGUGGGAUGGCAUCGUCACAGUGUCGGGAGAUGGGCUGCUGUAUGAGGUGCUGAAUGGACUCCUCGAUCGCCCCGACUGGGAAGAGGCUAUGAAGACGCCCGUGGGCAUCCUCCCCUGUGGCUCCGGCAACGCACUGGCAGGAGCCGUGAACCAGCAUGGGGGGUUUGAGCAGGCCCUGGGCAUUGACCUGCUGCUCAAUUGCUCUCUGCUGCUCUGCCGGGGUGGCUGCCGCCCGCUGGACCUCCUCUCUGUGACGCUGGCCUCGGGCUCCCGCUGUUUCUCCUUCCUGUCUGUGGCCUGGGGCUUCGUGUCAGACGUGGACAUCCAGAGUGAGCGCUUCAGGGCCUUGGGCAGUGCCCGCUUCACACUGGGCACGGUGCUGGGCCUUGCCACGCUGCACACCUACCGUGGACGCAUCUCCUACCUACCUGCCACCGUGGAGCCUGCCUCACCCGCCCCCGCCCAUGGCCUGCCCCGUGCCAAAUCAGAGCUGACCCUGGCCCCCGUCCCAGCUCGAACCGUGGCCCACUCACCCCUUCAUCGCUCUGUGUCUGACCUGCCCCUGUCACUGCCUCAGCCUGCCCUGACCUCCCCUGACUCACCGGAACCACUCCCCGUCCUGUCACUCAAUGGUGGAGGCCCCGAGCUGGCCAGGGACUGGGGCGGGGCUGGGGAUCCUCCACUGUCCCCAGACCCACUGCUGCCCUCGCCCCCUGGCUCCCCCAGAUCAGCUCUACUCUCACCCAUCACCGAGGGGGCACCCGAAAUGCCAGCAUCCUCUGGGCUACUGCCUCCCACCCCGGAUGGUGACCCGGUAGCCAUCUCUACUGGAGGCCCACCAGACCACCUGCUUCCUCCUCUGGGCACCCCACUACCCCCAGGUUGGGUGACGCUGGAGGGGGACUUUGUGCUCAUGCUGGCCAUCUCCCCCAGCCACCUGGGGGCUGACCUCUUGGCCGUCCCCAACGCGCGCUUUGAUGACGGCCUGGUGCACCUGUGCUGGGUGCGCGGCGGCAUCUCGCGAGCUGCGCUGCUGCGCCUUUUCCUGGCCAUGGAGCGCGGGAGCCACUUCAGCCUGGGCUGCCCGCAGCUGGGCUAUGCCGCAGCUCGUGCCUUUCGCCUCGAGCCGCUCACUCCUCGCGGGGUGCUCACGGUGGACGGGGAGCAGGUGGAGUACGGGCCCCUGCAGGCUCAGGUUCAUCCGGGCCUCGGUACGCUACUCACUGGGCCUCCAGGCCGCCCUGGGCGAGAGCCCUGAACCCCGAAACUUGGAGCCUGCUACGGGCAGGGCCUACAUUCCAAGGGGGCGGGGCCUUCGCUCGGGGCGGGGCCUGGCUGCUAGUUAGGUCGGAGGCCCCACGUGCAGGGGAGCCCCUGUCUCAGGACUGUGCCCGCCUCCCGGGGACCAGUGGUGAUGCUAGAGGGUGGCCCGAAUGCCAGGGGGUGAGGGCCAUUAGGGUCGCAGGAAAAUGGGCCCGCCCGGGAGGGUAGUGCCUGGCCAAUGAGGGCGCAGCUCGGUCCAGACCCUCGCUUCCAGCUGCUGGAAGACCGGGUCGGCUGGGGGCGGAGCCUCUCGUACCGCGUCCGGGCUGGCUCGUCAGGGCCCGGUCUCGCCCUGUCCACUCCGGUGCCUCCAUUGAACCGGCCAGGAGGGGCAGGUUCCCCUGGGCCAACGCUCACAUUUGCACUAAGGUUCCGCCCCGUCCGCGCGGGCGGGAAGUUCAUUUCCCGUUUUCUGUCUCCUGUGCGUCUCCAGACCCCAAUCUUCAAAGCAAUUGAAAAGGUCUAUGCAAUAAAGGCAGUCGCUACAUUCCUCUUA